AUGCCAGAAUCCACCGAUCACCUCACACAUGUUGAGGCCAUCAAGCCACCCGCAGGCUUUCUGGAGAGACACCCUUCUACCCCGUUUCUAGCUGAUUUCGAGGAGUACAAGAAGCUAUAUCGCCAAAGUAUUGACGAUCCGGAGACCUUUUUCGGAAAUAUGGCACGGGAACACUUGUCAUGGUCAAAGCCAUUCGAUCAGGCCCGUUAUCCCCCCGGUACCGGCUUCCAGAACGGCGAUGCUGCUGCUUGGUUUCUAGGUGGUGAACUGAACGCCUCCUACAACUGUGUGGACAGACACGCCAUUGCGAAUCCAGACAAGCCUGCCAUAGUUUACGAGGCAGAUGAGCCCGGUGAGGGUCGGGUUAUCUCUUACGGGGAAUUGCUCAAAGAGGUCUGUCAGAUCGCCCAGGUGUUGACUGCUUUGGGGGUCAAGAAGGGUGACACAGUUGCAGUUUACCUGCCAAUGAUCCCAGAGGCAUUGGUCACGCUACUCGCAAUUGCCCGUAUUGGAGCAGUUCAUUCUGUGGUUUUUGCGGGAUUUAGUUCCGGAUCUCUCAGAGACCGCAUCAACGACGCUAACUCCAAGGUGGUGAUCACUACGGACGAGUCCAAACGUGGUGGAAAGGCCAUUGAGACCAAGAAGAUUGUCGACGAGGCUCUCAAGUCGUGUCCUCAAGUUCAUAAUGUUCUUGUAUUCAAGCGUACCGGGAACCAACACAUUCCGUGGACGGACUCUCGUGAUCUUUGGUGGCACGAGGAGAAGCAGAGGUAUCCUCCUUACGUAGCCCCAACCCCUGUUCAGGCCGAAGACACCCUCUUCCUGCUGUAUACAUCUGGGUCCACCGGAAAACCAAAGGGAAUCCAACACACCACUGCUGGGUACCUUCUUGGAGCUCUUCUCACCACGAAAUAUGUGUUUGACGUUCACCCGCAAGACGUUCUGUUCACUGCUGGUGAUGUGGGCUGGAUUACCGGUCAUUCAUAUGUGGUAUAUGGGCCUUUGCUAAACGGUGCAACCACAGUGGUCUUCGAAGGAACUCCGGCGUACCCAAACUACUCCCGUUACUGGGACGUUGUUGAUCAACACAAAGUGACCCAGUUCUAUGUGGCGCCUACUGCUUUGAGACUUUUGAAACGGGCAGGCAGCUCCCAUGUGGAGAAACAUGACUUAUCGUCUUUGCGUGCCCUUGGAUCUGUUGGCGAACCAAUUGCACCAGAAGUGUGGGAAUGGUACAACGAGCAUGUUGGUCGCGGAAAGGCGCACAUCUGUGAUACAUACUGGCAAACUGAAACCGGUUCCCAUAUCAUUACUCCGCUUGCCGGAGUCACCAGCACCAAGCCUGGCAGUGCUUCUUUCCCCUUUUUUGGAAUCGACCCGGUGAUCUUGGAUCCGACCACUGGCGAGGAACUUACAAGUACCGUGGCUGAAGGUGUUCUUGCAGUGAGAUCGCCAUGGCCUUCCAUGGCAAGAUCAGUCUGGGGUGACUACAACAGGUUCUUGGACACGUAUCUUCGUCCAUACCCAGGUUUCUACUUCACUGGUGAUGGAGCUGCCCGUGACAAAGACGGUUUCUUUUGGAUUCUCGGAAGAGUCGAUGAUGUGGUCAAUGUUUCGGGCCACCGGUUGUCUACAGCUGAGAUCGAGUCUGCUCUCAUUGAGCACCCUCUAGUUGCUGAAAGUGCUGUUGUUGGUUUCCCAGAUGAGCUGACCGGAAGUGCUGUUGCUGCGUUUGUGUCUUUGAAGCACAAGAACCUGGAAGACGUCGCUGAAACCAAAAAGGAGCUUGUGAUCACCGUUCGUAAGGAGAUCGGACCAUUUGCUGCUCCCAAGCUGAUUCUGCUGGUGAACGACUUGCCUAAGACUCGUUCGGGAAAGAUCAUGCGUCGUAUUCUACGUAAGAUUCUCGCACAUGAGGAAGACCAGCUUGGCGAUAUCUCCACGCUUUCAGACCCAACAGUGGUCAAGCAUUUGAUUCAAGUCGUGCACGAAAACUUCCCACAUAGGUGA